AUUUUUUUUGGACAAAUGUGACAGCAAUUUGGGGGCUGCCCCAUUCAGUUCUGAAUCUUCUGACAUGGCAACCUGACGUGCCGGUCUCUAGUUAAUCGGGAAUUAUAGAGGAGUUUGCUGGACUUCUUAAAAGUCACAGAACUGCGAACCGGUUAUUGUGAGAGCCGGUAACCGGAGUUCGACAAAGCACUUGGAAGUUUGAAGAAACGAACUGUUUCUCGCCGCCGUUCCUUCUCCGGCGAGCCGGCGUUUUUUGAACAUUGCCGAAGGUGGGAGACUUGGAAAUGUCAUCAUUUUCAAGUGCCUGGAGUCUGGAUGGGACUUGCAUGAUGCCCCUUUUAUCUAUUCCAGAUGUAUAUGAAUGUAGCUCAAAAGAAUCUAUUAUAAUGGCUGGAACUGCUAGAAGAGGGGGAACUGGACCAUCUGUUGGAGCCGUGGACAUUGGUGUUAGCAAAUUUGCAUAUUAUUUUCGAGUUGCUCUGCCUGGGGUUAAAAAGGAUCCUGCAGGUCAGUUCAGCUGUGAGAUUGAACCUGGUGGGAAGGUCCAUGUCCGGGGGGUGACAUCGACUGGUGGAAGAACUGUUUCAAAACAUUCUCGGGUUUUUGAAAUGAAAUUUCAGCAACAAUGCCCACCUGGACCAUUUACACUUUCUUUUUGUUUGCCAGGACCUGUCGAUCCAAGGCUGUUCUCACCCAACUUCCGAUCUGAUGGCAUUCUUGAAGGUGUUGUCGUGAAAUACAAGUAAUACCCGGUUUUGUAAUACGUGGUCAAUUAGACAAACCAGUAAUUGUAGCAUUCUGCUCACCAGGAACCCCAGGAUUGCUUCAUGUGGUUCUCGUGUUGUGUGUUUCCAGUCCAGUAAAUAGAGCAAUUAUAUGUAGCAGAAGGAUGUAGAAAGGGUUCCUAGUUUGUUAGAACAUGAUCCAGAUGAUCUUUGUGACC